AUGGAUGGAUUUCAGGAUUUUUUAUUCUCUGCAAACCCUGAUCAGUAUCCAGAAGAUAUAUUCAUUGAAGAAACAUGGCUGGAUUUUGUAAGCGACCUAUCUACUGACAUGGCCAACAGUGAAACAUAUGUGAGUAAUAUAACCGGCAGUGAAGACUUUCUAAAUUCUUCCUCUCUUGGAAAUGAGACCCUUGCAUCAAUCCCUCACUUUAGACAGCUGGAUCUCAGAGUGCCCUACAGUGUGUACAAGGCUGUGUAUUUGUUGGCCCAGGCUCUACAUGUAUUGCUCUCAGAGAAGACUUCUCAUGGGGCUCCUACAGAGAAAGCCCAACUGGAGAGGGAACUGAACCCAUGGAAGCUGAAUCACUUGCUGAGAAAGGUUCAUGUUACACUUUCUUCAUCCCAAGAAGAGAUUUAUAUUAACAAGGAGGGAGAAGCUCCGGGACAAUAUGAUCUCACAAACUGGGUCAUGUUCCCUGAUCGAAGAACCAACGAACUGAAUGUGAUCACAGUGGGAAGGUACAACACGUCGAACCCCAAUCAGCUGAUUUUCAAUGACAGAGCCAUUGUUUGGUACCCGAAUGAUACAGAGAUCCCAAUCUCCGUGUGCAGUGACAGCUGUAUCCCAGGGUACCGGAAAGUUUCCCGAGAAGUAGAGUUUUCCUGCUGUUAUGACUGUGUGCCCUGCGAGGAGGGACACAUCUCCAACACAACAGAUAUGGAAACGUGUAUCCAAUGCCCAGAAGAUCAGUGGCCCAAUGACAAUAGAACUAUUUGCAUCCAGAAAAUAACAGAAUUCCUUUCAUAUGAGGAUCCCUUGGGACAGUCUCUGGCUGCAGUCUCGGUUCUCUCCUCUCUUACUGUCAUUUCAGUUCUGCUGAUUUUCAUCAAAUAUCACAAAACUCCUGUGGUCAAGGCCAAUAACCAAACCCUGAGCUACUCCCUCCUCCUCUCCCUCACACUGUCCUUCCUCUGCUGCUUCUUGUUCAUUGGGCGCCCUCAGAAAGUGACCUGCCUGCUCAGACAAGUUACAUUUGGGAUCAACUUUACACUUUCUGUCUCUUGUGUCCUGGCUAAAACUGUCACAGUCGCCAUUGCCUUUAAUGCCACAAAGCCGGGAAGCAAGAUAAAGAAAUGGGUGGGAACAAGAGUGUCCCUCUGCCUGGUCCUUCUCUGCUCUCUGCUCCAGGUUGGGAUAUGCCUGGUCUGGCUGAUCUCCUCCCCACCAUUCCCAGACUAUGACACUCACACUUACACUGGGAAGAUGAUAUUACAAUGUAAUGAAGGCUCCGUCACUGCAUUCUACACUGUGAUUGGUUACUUGGGGUUCCUGUCGGGAUUAAGUUUCAUUGUUGCUUUCCUGGUUAGGAAGUUACCAGCCAGUUUCAAUGAGGCCCAGCUGAUCACUUUCAGCAUGCUGGUGUUCUGCAGUGUUUGGGUGUCCUUCAUCCCAGCGUACCUGAGCACCAAGGGCAAAUACAUGGUGGCUGUGGAGAUCUUCGCUAUCCUGGCUUCCAGUGCAGGGCUGCUGGGCUGUAUCUUCAUUCCCAAGUGCUACAUUAUCCUCUUCCGCCCUGAGCAGAACACCCGCCGGGGCCUUACUGGGAAACACUUACAGUGAAUUAUUGCUAACCCUCAGGAUUCUCAGUAGCACACUCAUA